AUGGGUCUGGGGGGGACCGAGCCAGCAGCAGCGGGACCAGUGGUAGCAGGACCAGCAGCGGGACCUGGCACGAACAGGACGGCAGCGACCAACCGUUCAGGACAAGGACAGGGGGGGGCACCAGGGCCAAGAACAGGGUCGGGAUCAGGGUCAGGACCCAUUGGCCGACGGACGAGCAGCCUCAAGACGACGGGCAGCCCUCAAAAGAAGUUGACGCCGCCGCCGCAGCUGCACGAGAGGAGCCUCCUCCUGCACGAGGGACCGCCAGCGUCCGUCUCUGUCUCUGUCUCUGUCAGUCGGCCACGAAACCCGGAUCAUCAUCAUCAUCAUCACCACCAGCAACAUCACCGCCAGCCCGAGGCACCGCAGCCGCCGCAUCGCUCGCAGUCGCUGUCCAUCCAGGAGCAGCAACAGCAGCAGCAGCAACAACAGCAGCAGCAACCGACGCCGCCCACACAACGGCUGCAGAUAUAUCUAAGAGGAGGCACCGCCGAAAGAACAAACGCCCAGGGUCAGAAACAGGGCCACGCGCCGCAAUUCCAGCCCGUCCAGCCGUACCAGUUCCAGGUGCCAGGACGAGAGCCAGGAGGUCUAGGAGGAGGAGGAGGACGACAAGGAGGAGGAGAACUGCCAUCCGCCACGCGCAGUCGCGACACCAUCGCCAACUACAACCGCAAGCACCGCGAGACGCACGGCUCGACGAGCACGCUGCACAACCCGAACCACUGGCCCGACACGUUCCGCAGCCCGCGCGGCGGACUCGGCAUCGAGCACAACACCGACAGCAACAAGAACAGCAAGAACAACACCCCGGAGACGCCGUUGACGCCGCCGGAUCACGAGGCAGAAGCCGGACGGCCAAAGACGCGUCCCGACGGGAGUGAGUUGGGGAAAGACAGCAGCAACCUCGACGAUCUCGACACUCUCGCCCCCCCGCGCAACUACCGCAGCCACCGCGACGCCUCGGGCUACUGGCGCCCUGCUUCCUCCAUCUACUCGGACUGCAACGACAACUACACCUCCCCUGUCUCCCCCAAAUUCGCCAACGUGGCUGCCCCCGACGUCUACUCCUCCGCUGUUGCGGACAUCUCCCCCCCGAGCUCUCCUGACAUGGACGCUCACGGGAAUCGGACCCCGACGUCCCACGACGGCAAUGUCUCGCCCAUUGAUGACACCCCGGAUGUGUCGCAGAUCGACAUCAACGCCGAGCAGGGGCAGCAGCAGCAGCAACCAACCCCUUCGCCCCAGCAAAAGACAAAUAUCCCCAUGAUGCGCCGCGAACGUCGCAAGAACCAAGAGGCCGCUACCCAUCCCCUCCGGGAGACCAAAUCCCAGCAGCGUCUGCGCAUCCAGCGCGAGACCAAGUGGGACGACUUGACGGGCGAACCCACGUCCCACGACACGGGCCGUGCGGGUCAGGUCAGACCACAAGAAUACGCCCAGGAGUUCGGUGCGAACCAACCCUUCGGGAAGUCCCCGGCCGCCCUGAGAGCCAUGCAGAACGCACCACAGGCCCAGCAGACGUUUGGUGACCGACUGCGGAGGUUGAGGCCCAGCGCCGGAAAGCAGCAGGAGAAGCAGCAGGAGAAGCAUCAGCAGCAGCAGCAGCAGCAACAGCAUCAAAAUCCUCCCGAGUCUGCCACCGCGGCUGUUGACGCCCUCGACGAACGCCCGCCCUGGCGCGGUGCAAGCGGGCGCACGCCCAUUGUCAACCCCGUCCGUGACACCAAGCCCGCAACGCCUCUCAACAUCCUUCCCAAGAGCACGAGACGCGCCGCCGUUGGCCCUCGGCUGCCCAUCGCCGGCGUCAACUCGCCGCUGUCCCCUGUUAGUCCCUCGAAUUCUGAAACGUCACCGCGCUCGAGGACGCCCACCAUCAGGACUGUCAUCAACGCUCCCCGCCAGCUGACUGCUUCGCCCUCCCCCUCGUCCACGCUCACAGUCACUCGAACCCCUCCGCCCGCACAGUCGGCCUAUCCCAGUCCCCCCAACUCGGGCGCUGGUGUCCAGUCGCCUCCCCUACAUGCGACGCCCGAGGCCACCGCCCCCGUUACCAAUGUCGCGACCCGACAGCGUCCACCCCUGCCGGGUCUGGGCCUGCCCGCUUCCCCUAAUGCGCAUCUCGGCCAAGACAGAGCCAUCCGGAGAAAGCCUCCUCCUGCCAACAACGACACAACCAUCACCACCACCACCACCAACAAUCACAGCAGCAGCAGCAGCAGCAGCAGAAACACACACGCCCUGCACGCACCGAAACCGUCGUACUCGUCGAGCGUUUAUUCUGACCUGACGAUCCAAGCACCGAGCAUUCGCGAAAAGUCGCCUGCAGUCUUCACUCAACCUGCAGCCGUCACCACUCAACCCGCAACUAGUCGUCCUGCAGCUACUCGACCUGCAGCUGCUCAACCUGCAUCCACUCAACCUGCAGCUGCUCAAUCCAACGAGCCUUGGGCUCAGCCUCCCUCGAGAUUUAGCGACACGACCUACGCCGCCUCGUCCCCGGAUACACCCCGCGCGUCCGCUGACACGAACCGGCCCCCCGUGCCGACCCUGCCGACGCCCCCCCACCAGGCAGACGGUGUCAUGAACCGCAAGCGCCCGCCUGUCCUCAAGUCCACGAGCCCAUCCAUCAACCCCGACGAGCCCUUUGUCAUCUCCAUGUCGUCCCCCUAUAUGUCGGGCGCCUUCACCGAAGACACUUCGCCGCCCGCCGCUCGCACUCAGCUGCCCAGCCAGAAGCAGCCGUUGCUGCCACGCACCAGUUCCGCCAGCCUCUUCAGCAACUCGAGCCGUCCCGACUCGCUCUGGUCCACUAGCAAAGCCCUGCCGCCGCCGCCGACCGAGCUAUCCAUGGUCAACGACCGCGUCGGGUACCUCAACGCCCGCCUCGAGUCGUUGGGCAACCGCCGCAUCAACAUCAACCAGGCCAUCAAGCAGAUGACGGAACUGAUGCCCACCGACAGCAUCCUCGCCAGCGAGGCCGUCCUCCGCAAACGCGAGGCCGAGAAGCGCAAGGUCGAGGCCCUCAAGCUCGAGCUUUCCGAGGUCCAGCGCGAGGAGUACGAGAUCGGCCUCAAGCUGCACAGGGCCUACAAGAGGAUGGACCGCAACGCCGAGUACGAGCCAACGACGCUGUGGGUGAGGAGGGUCACUGGCUAAUCCUGGCCCCGUUAUGAGGGGUUCUUGUUGCUUUGUGCGAGGCAUCUUCAAAGCCCUAUUUACGACGGGCGAUCAAAACGGAUAGGCUUCGGUGUGGCUUGGGGUUGCGGACAGAGGCGGAAGCGUUUCAGACGAGUUUGCGCCGUUGAAAGUGGACAUGGAUGCGAAGCACGGAGUUUAUGGGCUUUGAACCGACUUGGCUCCUUGUCGAUUUUACCUAGUUUUGUUUUAAAGGGGGAGCGGAC